AUGCGCCUUCCAUGCACUAGGGACGACAGAGCAGCAGCUGAAAAUGACCCUGAUACGGCCAACCUUGCGCCAUCACUGGCCAUUGCCACAAUGCCGCUUUAUAUGCUCUGCGGCUCGUUACAUGGCGAGGAAGGACUGACAUGGGCGAUGUCGACGAUGGGGUACACACGUCGCCCCGGGACCCUCAGCCAGGACCCCUCUGAUGCCCAAGGGUUCGUUCACCCCACGCCCGUUCCCUCCAACGACAACGAUAACCGCUCUAGACCGAUCGAUGCAACCAACAGCCCGAGAGCCGCCUUCGGUAGAUGGUAG